AUGGAGCUGCUGCGGAAAUGGCUGGGCCACCCCGAGGACAUCUACAACCUGCUGCGCUUCAAGAUGGGCGGCUACCGCGCCGUCAUGCCGCGCAUGGACACGGACUCGCUGGGAUGUGGCCUCCGCACCUGCUACCGCUACCUCAACCAGACCAGCCGCAGCUUCGCCGCCGUCAUCCAGGCUCUGGACGGAGAGCUGCGACAUGCAGUCUGUAUAUUCUACCUGGUUCUCCGUGCCCUGGACACUGUAGAGGAUGACAUGAGCAUCCCCUUGGAUGUCAAGGUGCCGAUGCUGCACGAGUUCCACUCCCAUCUCUACCAGCCAGACUGGAAGUACACAGAGAGCAAGGAGAAGGACAGGCAGGUGCUGGAAGACUUCCCAACGAUCUCCAUGGAGUUCAGAAAUUUGUCCAAGGUGUACCAGGACGUGAUUUCAGAUAUUUGCCACAAGAUGGGCGUUGGGAUGGCAGAGUUCUUGGAAAAAAAGGUGGAUUCUCAGAAUGAGUGGGAUAAGUACUGUCACUAUGUUGCUGGGCUGGUGGGGAUUGGCCUCUCCCGUCUCUUCUCUGCAUCAGAGCUGGAAGAUUCCAUCGUGGGGCAGGACACAGACCUGGCAAACUCCAUGGGCCUCUUCCUACAGAAAACCAACAUCAUCCGUGACUAUCUGGAGGACCAGCUGGAGGGAAGGGAGUUCUGGCCCCGAGAGGUUUGGAGCAGAUAUGCCAAGAAGCUCUCGGACCUUGCCAAGCCAGAGAACAUCGACGUGGCCGUGCAGUGCCUCAACGAGCUCAUCACCAACGCCCUCCACCACGUCCCUGACGUCCUCACCUACCUGUCCCGCCUCAAAAACCAAAGUGUCUUCAACUUCUGUGCCAUCCCCCAGGUGAUGGCCAUAGCCACGCUGGCUGCCUGCUACAACAACCAGCAGGUGUUCAGGGGGGUGGUGAAGAUCCGCAAGGGCCAGGCUGUCACCCUCAUGAUGGAUGCCACCAACAUACAAGCUGUCAAAGCCAUCAUGUACCAGUAUGUGGAAGAGAUCUACCAGAAGAUCCCGAGCACGGACCCGUCGUGCCGCAGGACGCAGCAGGUGGUGGCCGCCGUCCGCGCCCGCAGCCUGCCCGCCGGCCCCAUGGCCUCCCGCCACCACUACUCGCCCAUCUACCUGUCCUGCGCCAUGCUGCUGGCUGCCCUCAGCUGGCAGUACCUCAGCACCCUGGCCAGGGCCACCCAGGACUACCUGCAGGCAGGGGACAACUGAGGGACAGGGCAGGUGGCCGGGUGGGCAGAGGGGGGGGCAGGAGGCUCCUGGUGCCCCCCCUGCCCUGGGGGUGGCCCAGGAUGGUGACAAGGAUGGGGCACUGGGCAGCUGCAGCCUCGGUGUGACAGUGUGGCACUGCUGGGCUCCGUCCUCACCACCCUUGCUGGCUGCUUGGAUGGCUGCAAUUGCUGAGUGGAGCCUUAGUGUUUGGGGUUGAGUGGUUUUUUUUUUUUCCUCCCUUCUUACCUGGUUACCCGAACAUCUUUUUUUGUUGUUGUUUUUGUUGUUGUUGGUUUUUUUUUUCCCUGUUAGGAUGGUUUGAAAUAGAAACUGACGUCGUUUCUUUUCUUCCUUGAGAUUUGAGGCACCUUUCCAGCUCAGAGCUGAGCAAAACCUGGAGGGUUUUGCCUCCCCUUCUCCCUCACCUCGGGUGCCUGCCCUGUGCUGGAAGGAUGCUGCUUCAGCUUGGAGAGGAACGUGUUUCCUUCUCCAGGGAAAAAAUCUCUGGCCACUUUCUGGCCCUCAGUGAUUGACAUCCUGCAGCCUGGAAAGAGGCAGAGGCCGUAAUCACAUUUCUGUUGUGCUGAAGGAUGCUGAAAGGAGCCCUUUUAAUGUUACAUAUAUGUCAGGUGGGGUACUCUGCCCGCCUGAACGUGCCCCCAGCUGAAAGGCAGCUGUGCAGCUCCCUGCCCUGGGGCAGAUGGCCCCUGCAGGGACACAGCUCUUGUUCCAGCAGGUGGCUAAAAUGAGAAGGGAGCUGCCAGCACAGCCCUGAGCUCAUAACCCCAGGCCUGACUCCACUGCGGGCUCUGGGCUCUGCACUGACUCAGCCCCAGGGGAUGGGCUGGUCGUGGCAGAGCAAGGCAGGGGAGAGAGAGAGUUUGCA